GCGGCGGAGGCGGCGGCGGCUGGAUGGGCUGCAUCGGCGGCCAUGGGGGAGCAGCUCAGCACGGCCAGCAGCCCUCCGGAGCCCCCUCUCCCUCCGGCCGAGGGACCCCAGCCUCCGCCGAGGAGCGCCUCCGCUGAGUCCACCGCCGCCGCCGCCGAAGAGGCGCCCCCUUUGGCGGCGGAAGGGGCCAACAGCAACAGCAGCAGCAGCAGCAGCACCCGCCGCCUCCCGGCUCGCAGGCCCGGCGUCUACUGCACCGUCUACUGCGUGGAGGGCGAGCUUCAGCCCGGCGGAGGAGGAGGAGGAGAGGCGUCGGCCGAGCAGCCCUCCCCGCCUGCCUCCGCCUCGCCGCCUCCGCCAAGCCAUGGCGGCCCCGGAGAGAACAACAACAGCAGCAGCAGCAGCAGCAACGGGGGGCUGGAGGUGGUGGACCUCUACCUGCUCCCGGAGCCCUUCUCGGGGCUGCUCGCGGCGGACUUCGGCCCCCUCCUGGUCCUCACCUGCCGCGUCUGCCUGGAGGAGAAGCCCCUCAAGCCGCUGCCCUGCUGCAAGAAGCCCGUCUGCGAGGAGUGCCUCAAGCGCUACCUCAGCUCCCAGGUGCAGGUGGGGCAAGCAGACAUCCCGUGCCCAAUAACCGAGUGCAGUGAACAUCUGGAUGAAACAAUGGUCCUCUUCAACCUGCCACAUGAUGACAUUAUCAAAUAUAAGUACUUCCUGGAACUUGGCCGUAUCGGCUCGAGCACCAAGCCAUGCCCCCAAUGCAAGCACUUUACAACCUUCCGGAAAAGAGGCCACAUUCCAACCCCUACCAAAAUGGAGAACAAGUACAAAAUCCAGUGUCCAACCUGUCAAUUCACAUGGUGUUUUAAGUGCCACUCUCCCUGGCAUGAAGGUAUUAACUGCAAAGAAUACAAAAAGGGAGACAAGCUGUUACGUCACUGGGCUGGUGAAAUUGAACACGGACAAAGAAAUGCUCAAAAGUGUCCAAAAUGCAAGAUUCAUAUCCAGAGGACAGAGGGAUGUGACCACAUGACUUGCUCUCAGUGUAACACUAAUUUCUGUUAUCGCUGUGGGGAAAGAUACCGCCAGCUCCGUUUCUUUGGAGAUCAUACGUCAAACCUCAGUAUAUUUGGAUGCAAAUACCGCUACCUCCCCGAGAGACCACAUUUGAGGAGAUUCGUGAGAGGCUCUGUCUGUGGUGGGAAGUUGCUGAUUGCACCAUUGAUACUGGUUUUGGGACUAAUAAUGGGAGCCAUAGCUGUUAUAGUAGGUUUUUUUGUGUUGCCUAUCUAUUGCCUUUGUAAAAAGAAGAGGAAAAGACCACGGACAGAAAUGCCUUGGUAUGAGUGAACAGUUGUGUGUCUGAAGGGAGCUGGUCCUGCAAGGCUUAAGCAAGGAUGUGCAACAUGGCAAUAUUGGGCUGGUUAACUGUCCUGAAGCUGCAGCCCUGGCAGACAAUCAGGAGGGAUCCACCACAUUCCUUCUGCACCAUACACUACUUGAGAUAGGCCAGAUUGCUUUUAUGCUCUGGUGCCUCAGAAAAACGGAGGUUUCUAAAUACGUUUAUUUUUUUAAAAACCUGCACCGCAAGGUUUAGAUCAAUUUUUAUUUUCUUGGACAGUCUGUAUCUACACUGUGCCUGCAUAUCUACUGAUGAGCCGAUGAAAGAAACAUUUAGUUUGGUAACAUAUUUUUUUAGUUACUGACCUAAUUCUAGGCCUUUUGGGGGGAAAAUAUCUAGAUUCAAAGUGAGUGAAGAUUAUUUUCUUUAUUUUAGAGUUUGGUUCCAUAGACGACAUCCUGUCAGGUGCUGAAUUCAGUAGUUAAUUAUUUUAUAUAUGCAACUUGGUCUAUGAAUCAUGAAUCAUGUGUGUUAGUAGCUCUUGCUAAUCCCAAUACUUUAAAGGGAAUAUGAUGGGAAAUGAUUAGAGAAAUAGAGAUUCCAGUUGAUUUUUGAAGUGACUGAGAUUAAUACUUUUUAAAGCCUUGGGAGAACACGUAUGCCAUUUCAGUAGUUUUGAAUUGUGCAAGCAAUUUAGUGAAAAUAACUUUUCAUUCUGUUUAAUUUUCAAAUACAUUCAGGUGAGAUAGGGAAAAGAGAUAACAAACUGCCUUCAGUUCUGGAAUCUGACAUACAAGCACUAUUUGGUGAAAAUACACAUGAUAGGCUAGUAAUUUAAUAUUGGAAUCUGCCAUAGCAACUAUGAAUGCGGCCAAAAUCAAAUAUAAAAAACCUAGAAAACUGUGCAUUUCUUGCCGGUAUAUUUUGAACUUUAUAGUGCAGUGUGGUUGGUAAAAUAGCCGUUGAUACUAGAGCUGUCUAGAAAUAUACUAUAUUCAUGCAUCAUUUUCAGUCUUUUCCCAGGAAAAUCUAUAUCUAUACCUCCGGAUAUUAAUGUAAGGCCAGAUGAAACUCAGGGCCAGAUAGCAAUUUCCUUCAUACAGUAAGAAACUGCGCACUUGUCCUUGUGUGUAGCUUUUUUUGGAAAAAUUCUUGAUUUUUGCCCAAAACAUUGGAAUGUUCAUGAAUGCUGGAUAAACAGCAGACUCUUUGUACAUGCGUUAUCCCAGCAUCCUCAGUUUUCUAUAUAUGGGUCUUCUACUUUUUUUGUAAAGUUUGUUAUUGAAUAUUGGAAUUGGCCCAUAUGUGCAAACAUAUUACAUAUAAGCAAUCGAAUUGCCAUUGGUGAAAUUGUAUGCUUUAAAAAACUGAUUCAGUCUGGUAAAACCCAGUGACACUUCUUUUGAGUGCUGGAGCAAGUAUCUGGAGUUACUUUAUAUCUUUUUUUUAAAAUGGAUACCAAGACAUGUAGCUACUUGAUUUAAAUUCAGUAACGAGUAAAAUUAAGGACAUUUUUAAAAUGUUUUGUUUCAUUCUACUAACACCGAAGCAAGCAAGAAAAGUGGGGAAGGAUAAUCCUUUGGUGAAUGGAAGUUUUGAUUUGGUAGAAUUCAUUUUCCCUUCACCAUCUUAGAGCCACCUCCUGUGUUGUUCAGUAGGGCAUUCUAACCAUCCAGAGCAAAUUUCCAAAUUUCUUGCAUGGGAGAUUGGCAAUCAAUGAAAACUGUUUUCCUUUCUUUUAGUGCAGGGACUGGGAAUCAUGUAUCCUCCAGAUGAUGCUGGACUGCUCAUCCCAACAGUCCUAGCCAAAACAGCUUUGGUAAAGAAUUCUUGGAGCUACAGUCAAACAAUUUAUGGGGAGCCAGACUUCCAUCCCUGAAUAAGCAGGUGCCAGUGGCCCCCUUUCUAUGGCCAGAGCUGUGCUCACAGGAUCAUAAGACCUAUGUUGGUGUAUAAAUGCACUCCUUCUCAUGUGCUGAAGAAUUUUUUUAAAUCCAAGAUUGUGUUGGCCAAAAACAAUAGUGGAGUAUUUUGCAA